CAGAGCCAAAAGUGUUGUUUAUAACCUGGCAAAUGCAACGGUUCAAAUUUAAAAUAUUCUCGCCGAGAUUUUUUGUAAUAUUCAAUAUUUAUCAGUGUCGAGAGUUCUUUUCACUAGGUAUCUGGAGACCUAGUCUUCUUUAUGUGUCAGGUGAUAGUUAGAAUUGUGACGUUUCUAAAACAGGAGUAAUUUAAAAUACAAACAACAAAAUAAUGCUCACCCGAAAUUCUACCGGUAGUAACCAACGAAGAUCUUCGAUCCUCAAGCCACCAAAAUCCCGACUGCCAUUUCAAGAUUUGGAUUUCAAUGCUUCAUCAGCCGAGAACAGUCCAGAUAGUAUAAAAAGGAGGCGUGUAAGCUUUGCUGAAAAGAAGCAUGUCAAAGAAUUCUGUGACCACAAGGAGCAGGGUACAAUUUGGGAUAGUACUUACGAAGAAGCCGAUCAGAAUAUCUCAAAGUCGACGGAAACUACAAAUGAGCAUAUAAACAGUAACAAUCUGGAUACAGAAAACAAUAAAAAUGUAGGGAUCGAAAUGAGACAAAUGGGUGCUACAUUCGUAUGCAAUGAACAUGAGUUAAUACACACUGGCGAAUGUACAACCAUGGAUCAAAAUAAUGCCAUCCAUUCUUUGACCAAAGUAUUUUCCAACACAGCCGCGGAUAUUGAAUUUACCGAUGUCAUUCCCUGUAGUCAUGGAAAUCUGAACAAUCUAAUGUCUCAAACAAUAUUUUGCCAAGAUGUUGAUUUGGACACAACUGAGACAGUUGGUGGAAUUGAGCAAACAGUUUCUGUCCGAAGAGCCAUUGACUCGCAAUCGACAUAUACAGCUAUUGCCAAAGAUGUUCACAAUCCCGAAAGUACUGUGCUUUUUGAUGACAGUGAUGGCGAAAUGAAGUUCACUCAAGUUAUCAGUGGUAAAAAAAUUCAGUUUUCGACACCUAUCAAGACAGUUCCACAUUUAGAACAGAUGAAAAUGGCAUCUCCUAUAGAAAAUCAAACUAUAAUAUUUGACGACUCAAUGAUGGAUCUGACUCUAACAAAAUCACACUCAAACCCUGACUUACGAAUGAAAAAUAAUAUGAUGAUCAGCAACUCAACAGUUGCUCAUAAUGAUGAGCAACACAUGAAGAAUAAUUUAGAAAGUAAUUGUGAUAUGAACGAACGUGAGGUUGCUCAGGCCAGCAACAAAACUAUGUUUUUCGAUGAUUUUAGUUGCGAUGUGACAAAAGCUAUCGACACUAUGAGACACAUGUUACCUGUGGAGAAUUUAGCUGAAGAUAAGUUGACGCCUGAGUCUAAUGAACGUCAGACUCCCUGUAAUACUGUAAUGGACAUAUCUGCUGAAUAUCAAGGAAACCAUGUAACUUUUAUGACAAAAGACAUCAGCAUAUUGUCAAAGCAUUGUGAUCACGAGUUGAAAAUAUCUAAAAAGUCUGAAGAACAUACGGCAAAAUUACGAGAUAAAACUAUUUUCUUUAAUGACAUUGGCUGCGAAAUGACAGAAGCAAUCGAUACACUAAGAACUGGUCCAGAUCAAAUUAGAAAUUCUGACGAUACAAAUGAUAUGCAGCAUAUUAUACCAUUUGAAUUGUCUGUGAGUAAAAAUCACGAAGGUAUGGCAAAAUUAAGGGAUAAAACUAUUUUCUGUAAUGACAUUGCCUGUGAAAUGACAGAAGCAAUCGAUACAUUAAGGACUGGUCCAGAUCAGAAUACAAAUUCUGGUGAUACAAGUGAUAUGCAGCGUAUUACACCAUUUGAAUCACCUAUGAGUAAACAACAUGAAGAUAAAUUAAUGUUACCUGAAUUCAAAGGAUCUACGAAUCUGUCUUCCAGCAGUAAGCCCAGCAGCAUAGAACCUGCACUGGAAUUAGUAAUUGAGAAUAAUGAUGGGAAAAACUCAUUCAACGACUCAUGUAUGGAAUGUACAAUAGCAAUUACUGCAUCUAAAAACGUGCAAGACGACAGAGAUGAUGAUCGUAUAUUGGAAAUCAAUCAACCUGCGCUACUUAAUAAAUGCACAAUUAAUACUACCCAGAUAAAUCCGGAAUUAAAUGUAGAAGAGCAUAUCACAUCUUUGGGCAGUGAUUCAAUUUCUGUUAUAAUCGAAUCCGAAGAAUCACAGAAUGAAGGAAACCGAAUGCCUAAAGAGAGCACUAGAAAUAUUGAAAGCAACGAAUACUGUGAUUCCUCAAACAACGAAAGAGCUGAACAUGAUGCUGGCAUCACCAGCUCUCCGAGCAUAGCUCUGUAUACUCCUAAUGCCCAAGUAAGCUUGAAAGAGCAAGAUUUGUCAUUCAAUGCAGGCAUUAUACCAACUGAACUACAAUUCAGUAAGAAGAGAAAGUCGGAUAAGGGUACAGAAAUUAUGGAAACAAGCAAAUCUUCUGUUCAAAUGUUGCUAAAUAAAAACUCCGAGAGUUGCUUAGUGCAGCAUUUAGUUGAUAAAGAAUUGUUUCAUAUAAGUAACGACAGUUUGUCUAAUAUAAUUACUCCUGAGCCGAAGCGACUUAAGGUAACAAGUCCCAAUGCUGAAAAAAACGGUUCACUCACCAAAGAAUACUCUGUCACUGAAAAUUCGGCGUUACAGGAAAAUACGAGUUCCGAAAUGAUCAGUGGACCUCCAUCAAGAAUUGCAAUUAUGCAUGAACCACAAAGCACAGUAUCUAUGGAUAGAACGAUCGGAAACAAUUGUAUUACUGAUGUUGCUGAAAAAAAGCUACAAAGCAGCGAAGAGAUGACUACUACAAUUCCUACUCCAGAUUUCUGUGAAGAUCCUGAAAUAUUGAUCGUUAGUCAGAAUGACGAGUCAAAAGCUGCAGCUUCACCGACUCAGACUGAAGGUGUCAUCAGCGGGAAGGAAUAUCCUUUCAUAGAAGCAAAAGGAACAGCCCCAUAUUCCGAUUCAGAUUCGGACACUACGGAGCUGCAGCGCGUUUAUGAGAAACAAAAACAAGCAUCAGUAGAGUGUAAUAAAAGUUCUCAAAGUUUCUUGUUGCCAGAGAAAUGUUUGGAGUACAAUGACAAUUGUCUCUUUGUGAUGUUCAGCGAAGAACUUGAGAAGUAUGCUCAAAGAGAUGAUUGCAUUUGGGAAAUAAGGUCAUUGGAUACGGAAAAAGUCAUGAUCGACUUUAUUUCGAAAUCCCUCGUCAUCAUAAUAGAUCUUGAAGCAAACAAAGAGUUGACUGCACCAUAUCUUAUUAAGCAUAUCAGAAUAAUUUCACUUCUUCCAGAUUCUGCAGAUGAUGAAAUUUCUCUGGUCCAUAAUAUACUAUUGAAAAAACUCGAUCCCGAGCAUUUGAAAUUGAUGCAUCGAACAACGCAGGGUAUUUUACCUUUGCUAGAGUUGAUUUCAAAAAGAGUGAAAUUACUGAUAGAUUUUAUGUACGAGUUUGAUAAGCUCCGGGAUUUUCAUGCGAUAACAAGAUUGGGAAAUCGGAUAUCGUUUCAACUUCAUAGCUACAAGGUACAACUGGUAAUAAAUGUUACUAUAAAUCUUGAGCCAUUUGAAAAUAUCAGGCCAGAUGAUGUAACCGUGGAAUGUCUUCUAGGUACCAUAAAAGAGAAAGACAUUAAGCAAUUGAUCACCGGUGUAAAAAAGGAUCACAGAUUCUUGACCAGCUGGAUCGAUGCCGUUAAAGAGUAUAUCGCGUUAGUUGUAGAAAAAUGAAACGUAUCUGUCAAACUCUAGGUUAUUACAUUAGAUUUGAGAAGCAAAUAACUCGAUGCCAAGCAUCCUCAAAGUGUUCACGAAUUUUACAAGAUAACUAGGUAAGUGUAUGUCCAACUUGUAAAAUUUUAAAAAGUCAGAUCGAAUCGGUCUUGGAAUAUCGUGGCAAUAAUGACAUUAAUUGUAGAUAAGUUAAUUAAGAAGAAAAAUAUAGAAUACGUUCAUUUUUAUACUAGAUAUGGGUGUGUGUAUAGUUUUAAUUUUCGUAUGAUACAUGAUACAUGAUAUGAUAGGGUCGACACCUGUGAACAUCGGCGAAACUUAUUCUGCCGUAUUGCGGUCUGUAAUUUUUCAUCCGAAGCAGUAUCAGUAGCACGAGGACAGGCUUCGUACUUGUGAAACUACACUUUCUCAGAAAUCCAGCUUGUUCCUGUAGUGAAAAAAAAGCCCAGAUACCGCCUAUACCUAUUUCAAAUAACUUUGAUGAACAGAAGCGUGAUGACGUUUGCGGCAGACGAAGAUUGAUAGGAUCAAUUAUAAUUAACGUUUGGAUAAUCGGUUAUCAAUAUAGGCCGGUAGGCGUUAAGCGUGGAGAAGAAGUUAUAUCUAAUUAACAGCGACGUCUGACUUUUUAUUCUUGAUUUUCGUAAAGGGCCUUCCCACGGAAGCGGCGUGGGCUUUACCUGCUAGAUAUAUCACCCGAUUUUAUGAACGGAAUGUCAAGUUGUCGAGUAGAAAACUCGAUCUCACGAAGUUUCGAAAUUUUCGAGUACAGUUAUCAUAUUACUAUGUAUACGUAGGUUUAGGUACAUACGCUCGUAUACUGUAUACAUACUGCGGUAUAUGUAUGUAAAAUUUUGUUUACAGUAGUAGAAUUUCUAAGAACAAUCGUAAACCUUGCAGCUACCGUUUGUUCACACCUAGCAUAAACAUGCCUGGUAAAAAAUCGUUGAAUCCAAAACUCCCUAAGACU